AUGCCCAGAGAACGACGUGCGAACAUCGGCCGCCGCACAAGACAUGCAAGCCAGCAACAAGUCUAUUCAAGGAACUUAAGAGAAGAAAGACAAAAUAUAAUAAGAGAAAAUGACCGAUUGAGACAUCGCGUGAGCACACGAAGAUCAUUGGCAUCAUACAAUCGCUUGGCAUUCCAAUAUGAUCCCACUGCGAACUACAGUGAUGAUGAAAAUUUGGAUAUUGGACGAAUGACGACUAUAUGCCGAUAUUGCAAUGCGGUAAAGUUCAAAAGAGAAACGGUUGGAUUGUGCUGCGCAAGUGGAAAAGUCAAACUGGAUCCAUUACUUACACCACCACAGCCACUGAAAACAUUGUUUGAUGGAAGUGAUCCCGAUUCCAGCCAUUUUCUUCAACACAUCCUUGAAUACAAUAACUGCUUUCGCAUGACCUCCUUUGGAGCUAAUAUCAUUCGAGAAGGCGGCUUCAUGCCGACUUGCAAGAUACAAGGUCAAAUAUAUCAUUUGCAUGGUUCAAUGGUGCCAACACCAGAUGAACCGCAUCAAUUUCUGCAAAUAUAUUUCAUUUCGUCGAUGGUGGAUCAGCUGAACGUGCGGUGCAAUAUACAGGGAGCACAACAGUUAAAGAGACGAAUUAUUGAACAGUUGCAAGCAUUUUUUCACGCUAAUAAUGCUGUGGUUAAUAUGUUCAAAACAGCAUUGGAACGAAUGCCAUCGGAUACGCACAAAUUUGUCAUAAGAGCGGAUUGUACUCCGACAGGUGAACAUGUGCGAAGAUUCAAUGCACCCACCGUUAAUGAUGUUGCUGCAAUUAUUGUUGGCGAUCCAACUAAAUCACGAGACAUUGUCGUUCAGCGAAGAAGCAAUAUCAUGCAUCGUGUAAACGAGACACAUCGUUUGUACGAUGCGUUACAAUAUCCAAUCAUUUAUUGGCAAGGGCAAGACGGAUACGACAUCACGUUGAAGAUGGUCGAUCCAAUUACAGGAGUAUCAACGAAUAAUAAAAAUCUAAGCGCAAUGAAUUACUAUGCGUAUCGUAUGAUGAUUCGUACACAUGAGGAGAAUGUCAUUCUGAAGUGCGGUCGGCUAUUCCAGCAAUUCGCUGUUGACAUGUAUGUCAAAGUCGAGACCGAACGUUUAGCGUUCAUCAGAUUCAAUCAGCCAAAGCUACGAUCUGAGGACUAUAUACACUUGCGUGAUGCUAUUCAUUCAGAUGGUGAUGUUCAGAAUAUUGGACGACUGACGAUUCUCCCAUCAACUUAUAUCGGAAGCCCACGCCACAUGCACGAAUACGCUCAAGACGCUAUGACGUACGUGCGAAAUUAUGGAACUCCGGAUUUAUUUAUUACGGUCACAUGCAAUCCGAAGUGGACGGAAAUUGAACGCGAGUUGGAACCGGGUCAAAAACCGCAAGAUCGCCAUGACAUAAUCGCCAGAGUAUUUCAGCAAAAACUCAAGGUUAUGAUGGAUGUGCUUACUAAGUAUCGAGUUUUUGGUGACACACGUUGUUAUAUGUACUCGGUGGAAUGGCAGAAGCGUGGACUACCGCAUGCUCAUAUCCUAAUUUGGUUGCUGAACAAAUUACAUUCAAAUGAAGUGGAUGACAUCAUAUCAGCUGAAAUUCCUGAUCCAGUCACUGAUCCCCGUCUACACGACAUUGUGACGACACAGAUGGUGCAUGGACCGUGCGGUGCAUUAAAUCCAUUAUCGCCUUGCAUGGCUGAUGGAAAGUGCACAAAACGAUAUCCGCGACCGUUAGUUGCUGAAACAGUCACAGGGAACGAUGGAUAUCCAGUUUAUCGUCGGCGUUCAAAAGAAGAUAACGGUCGAACUAUCAAAGUUAAAGUUCAAAAUCAAGAGAUUGAGAUCGGAAAUGAAUUCAUUGUACCAUAUUGCCCGCUGCUAUCACGAAUUUUCGAAACACAUGCAAACGUUGAGAGUUGUCAUUCGGCCAAAUCAAUCAAAUAUUUGUGCAAGUACGUCACAAAAGGCAGCGACAUGGCUGUGUUUGGUAUUGCGUCGGAAAAUGUGAAUGACGAAAUCAGCAACUUCCAAAUGGGCAGAUACGUCAGUACUAAUGAAGCACUGUGGCGAUUAUUGUCAUUUCAAAUUCAUGAAAGAUAUCCCACAGUUGUACAUUUAGCAGUGCAUUUGGAAAAUGGCCAAAGAGUUUACUUCACUGAGGCUAAUGCGGCACAACGAGCUGAGAGACCACCAUCGACAACAUUGACUAGCUUCUUUGCAAUGUGUGAAGCAGAUCCAUUCGCAGCGACGCUGAUGUACGUUGAAAUGCCCAAGUAUUACACUUGGAAUCAAUCAACAAAGAAAUUGUGUUUUCAACUGAUGCACUAG